AUGUCCUACUCCGACUAUGGCGCAUCUAUUUCCGACUAUGAUACUACCGAGUCACGUCCGGACAAGGCGUUGGUCGUAGAGUGCAAAUAUGAUGAAGCCGUGCGGAAGAUACGCUUCAGCUCUACUCGGACAUGCUCGUACGAACUGCUCAGGCAGAGGGUAGAACAAGGUUUCUCUCUGUUCACCACACCGUUCGCCAUCACAUACACAGACGACGAUGGCGAAGUCACCGACAUCUGUACCGAACCUGACUUGACCGAGGCUAUACGCUACUUCUCCCCGGUUCACGAAGAGCGCCCCAUCUCAUCAUCCUCGUCUAUCAUGUCCGGCCGCAGCCUUACGCGAGGUAAGAUCACGCUACGCGUUCGAAUAACCGUGGAGUACGACGGUCCGAGUCUAUCGGAUACGUCCUCUCUCGUCAGUCUGGAAGAAUACAAUAACCGCAAUGGGAGCGAACUAUCUCUAUCUCCCAGUCAAGCGCCGCGGGGUGAGGUCGAUGACGACUCCGUCACGGUCAGUUCGAAAGACAUGGGCUCGAAGUACGAUGUCUACCGGACGCAGGGAACGAAGACGGUGGUCAUGGCUGCCAGUCGAGAACCGCUCAUCAGCAAGUCUCCUCAGCCAUCAACGCAUGCGUCGCAAUGGGAGAAUGGCUCCUCAACAAGCCUCCAUCCUUCUCUCACAUCCGAAAUUCUCCAAAGCGCAUCCAACUCUCAGGAUGUCCGUAUGCUGGAGCCAGACCCUUUCGCUGACGGACACUCGCACGUGGAUUCUUCCGACGUCUUUGAGCGAUUGAAACUCGAAGAUGGCCAUCACCCAGGUUCAAGCCAUGGAUCCUCAACCCUUCACUCCGAGCGCGGCGCCGCAUGGCUACGUGACCAGAAUGCGCGUACGAUCAAGUCGAUGCUUGGCGAUAUGCCGUCGCCCUCAGAAGACUCCUUUGGAGUGCAUGCGUCUGAUGCCGCCGACAGGCGUUCAGUACUCAGCGGAGAACUCGCCCUGCAUCAAGACUCAAGCGGGAAAUACUAUUACGCCUACACAGUGGGCAGUUCGUAUGCAGCGUCGCAUGACUCAGACGAGGACGCGAGCGAUUUGAACCGCUCGAGUGUCCAGGUCGAACCCGCCCUGAGCCGCCCGACCUCGAUGGAAAUUCACGGAGCCGACAUGCACGAUGAAUCUCGUCCUUCUGGGAGCGAUCUCAAGCGUUCUGUGUCCAACACGGCUACAUCUUCGUCCGCAUCGAAUCCAUUCGCCGAUCCGGGAGCAAGCGCAGAGGUAGUCUAUCCUGCCGACUUCAUCCACCCGGACGUACCACCAGAGGUGCUGCAAUUCAUCACCACCAUCCCACCCACUCCCCCGCGCGACCCGCCGACAUGCUCGAACUGCACGAUCAUCCUCGACGCGAUACGAUAUGUCUGUUCCACAUGCGGCGAGAAACGACCGAUGUCGCCGUCCGCGAGCUCCGACUCGUCGGGCAAGGGAAAAGACAGGGCGAUUGACUAUGACGCGCGUUCGGCGAAUGGCUUGCACGCUUACCCACCGUCUCCUCGCUCGAACAGCUACCCCUCGUCUUCUCCCACCGUCUCAUCCUCCUCCAACUCCUCGUGGUCUGUCGUGUCAGGGUCUGAGUACUCGCACGUCCCCAUGCGGUCCUUCUCCGACAGUACCAUCAAUACCCACGCCAGCAGCAAUGGGAAGCGCCGCCCGCCCAAGCCACUGCCCGCCAUCCCUACCUCUUCUACCGCCAACUCGUCUUCUACUCUCGUACCGCGGAUGAUGGUAAAUGGGAAUGGACACGGUCCGUACCCCAGCCGAAACAGUGGAGUCAUAGGAUACGAGCUGUGUUGGGAAUGCCUACCGGGCGCCGGAGUGACGCAUGCACUCGAGAUGAGCGUAGCUCCCGGCAGCUCGCCCGUGCUUGGGAACUGGUCUACGUCAGGCGAAGACGCCCUGUCUCAAUGGCGGCGGACGGCGCCGAGUCAGAAAGGCCAGUUGCGGCACGCGUACGUCGAAAAGAGCUGGGGCCACCGCGGAUGGCAGGACGUCGAGCAAGACGAUCGGGACAGCUGUAACUGUUCGACGUGUGGGACUGCGAUCGUCAAUAGCCGCUUCAAAUGCGCGUCUUGCGAAGAUUUCAAUCUGUGCAAGGCUUGCUAUAGCCAGGUCCAUGAGAUCCAUCCGUCGCAUGCGUUCUUAAUCGUCCCGGAUAAGAUUGGGAGGCCAAGAGCGGGCUCAGGAAGUACUGGCAUGCCAUUCAUGCGGCCAAUGUCCAACGACGGAGAGUAUUCGCUGAAGCACCCAGGGGUAAAAUGCAUGUACUGUAUGCAAGAUAUCAUCGGCGCGAGGUUCCACUGUGCAAUCUGCGAUGCAGUUGACAUCUGUCAAAAUUGCGAAGCUGCCGGCCUUCCGGGUAACCUUGAUAGCACAGAGACGGGACACAGCUCAUCUCACAUCAUGAUCAAGAUCCCAUACCCACUUCCGAAUGCAGAGCUACAGACCGCCAGUGAACGCGCUAAGAGCCUAUGGAGCGGACGCGACGCCGCGACUGGCCAGAUCGUGAGGUCCCGUCGGAACUCGCUCCUGUCGACCUACGACAGAACGGUUCUCGGUGUUGGGUCGCGCAGUGGACCGUCAUCUGCGGAUGGCACGACCUCCAAUGCCAGCUCGGAAGACCACGGCGUCAGAUGCGACGCAUGUAACGAGCGGAUCAUCGGGGUACGCUAUCAAUGCGCGUCGUGUUCGUCUCUACCGAAGGCCUACAGUCUAUGCGCUAAAUGUGAAGAACGCUCUUACGUCGUUCACGACUCUAUGCAUGUCUUCUUCAAGUUGCAUCGCCCGCUGGAUCGCCCGCUGCAGAUAGAAUACCCUCUAGUUCCGCGAGUAUACAAGUACCCUGUUGGCCCGACAGACGGCAGGUUCGAUCCAGGGAACCCGAAAGCUUAUUUGAAUAACCUGCUUCAUCCAACUGCACUGUGCGACCGGUGCAUGACGCGGCCAGCCGGGGUGUGGUUCCGGUGCGCGUAUUGCGCGAUGGACCUCUGCGAAACUUGCCAGGAGAUGGAUACGCAUAACGACAACCACGUGUUCAUCAUGUUCAAGUCAUUGAUCGAUAUAUCUCUGCUCAAGCGUUUCUCCGACUUGAACAACCCGCAGCCCAUCAUUCCCUAUCCGAUUUACAACAUCCUGUAG